AUAAAACCAGGCCCAUAGAUACAACAUUUUUCCCAGCUUGGUGUGAAAAAGCCUUGAACUCAACCCCUUUGGAAUGUUACGCACCGGUAUCUUGGAAGAUGUCGAAGGAGCAGACUGUUUGCGUUGGCGACGAGUAUUUCCCGGAACGAGGACCAACUCUCACAUUUAGCGACUUGCACUACUGUGUUCGUGAGGCGAGGGUUUGCCGCGGGGGAGGCCCUGAAAAACACAUCCUCAACAAUGUAAGUGGCAUCAUGAGGCCCGGGAUGAACGCCAUCAUGGGCGCCACCGGGAGUGGUAAAACAUCACUACUGGAUGUAAUUGCAGGGAGAAAGGACCCGGUUGGACUGAAGCACGGAAAAGUCAUGGUGGAUGGGAAAGCCGUCUCAGCGGACCUCAGACUCAGCUCUGCGUAUGUCGUCCAGGACGAUAUCCUGAUGGGCACUCUGUCUGUGAGAGAGAACCUUCUGUUCAGUGCCAAUCUGCGCCUCGACCGUCGGCAACACUCCUCCGCAGAUAAGAACAACAGGGUGGACGCCAUCAUCAGAGACCUGGGCCUGACGGACUGUGCCGACACCAAGAUAGGGACAGAGUUUCUGCGCGGCGUAUCCGGGGGCGAGAGGAAGCGGUGCAGCAUCGGGAUGGAGCUCAUCACUUCUCCCUCGCUGCUGUUUCUGGACGAGCCGACUACCGGACUGGAUUCUAACACUGCCAACUCCAUCAUCAAUCUACUAAACAAGCUGUCCAGAAGAGGGAAGACUGUGAUCUUCUCCAUCCACCAGCCACGCUACUCCAUCUUCAAGCAGUUUGACCACCUGACCUUGUUGCAUAAAGGGGAGGUGGUGUACGCGGGCGCUGCAGCCCAGGCACUGGAAUACUUCACCAACCUCGGCUACCAAAUUGAGGCCUUCAAUAACCCAGCUGAUUUCUUCAUGGACAUCACAAAUGGAGAGAUCAAAUCAACAUUGGUGUCACUUACCGCAGAACAGGAUAAAAACCCGUUGGCAAACGUGUACCGCCAGUCCCAACUGGGCCGCAAUGUGCUGGAGGAGCUGGACCACGUGAACCAGAGCAUCAGCGACGGGGCCAGCGGUCCAGACGAGGCGGCUGACUACGCUACCUCUUUCCUCUACCAGUUGCGCGUGGUGUGUGGGAGGACGGUUAGGAACUCUCUGAGGAACCCUCAGACCUCUUACGCCCAGUUGGCUCUCAACGUCUUCUUUGCUAUUCUGGUGGGACUCAUUUAUUACCAAAUGCCACUGACGCUGCCCGAGGCGUUACAGAACAGGAGCGGAGCCUUCUUCUUCCUUAUCAUCAACAUGGUCUUUGGGAACCUCUCCGCUGUGGAGCUCUUUAUCAACGAAAGGGCCAUAUUCAUUCACGAGAACUCCAGUGGCUAUUACCGCACGUCCGUCUACUUCCUGUCCAAGAUCUUUGCUGAUCUCAUCCCCAACCGCAUAAUCCCCAUCUUUGUGUUUUCGGCCAUCGCCUACUAUAUGAUGGGAUUGAAGCCUGCCUUUGAGGCCUUCCUGUGCUUCGCCCUGACCAUGUCUCUGGUCAGUCUGGCAGGAGUCAGCCUGGCCUUUCUCGUCUCAGCCAGUGUAUCUUCAUUUGCCAUGGCCAACAUCCUCAUUGCUCUGCCCUUUGUCUUCAUGAUGGUCUUCGGUGGUUUUCUCGUCAACCUCAAUGCCAUGCUGAGCUGGCUCUCCUGGCUGCAAUGGAUCAGUGUCUUCAGAUACGGACUGAAUGCUGCGUUCAUCAACGAGAUGUCGGGGCAGCUGUUCUACAGCAACAACACCAGUGUCCCCGGGGAGGCGUUUCUGAAGAGUCAGGACAUCGACUACUCCGUGUGGGGCUUCUGGCAGAACCAGGUGGCUCUGCUGGGAAUCACGUUGACCUGCAUGUUCCUGGCCUACGUACAGCUGCGCCGAAUCAACCGCUGGAAAUGAUUAACAUCUGUAUAUGCAUCCAUCAACCUUGUGCUCUCUCUAUUUAUUUAACCCGCCUCAAAUGACUCAAACACUGCACUUUGGAGGGGGAGAAGUUAUUUUAUAGGUUAUGAAAUGAGCUUUCAUUAAAUGUCCCUUAAAAUCACUAUCUCUCCCGCUCACAGAUAAACACACGUGUUGGAUAAGCCGCUGCUCGGCGCACUCGAUCCGUGCACGAGAGAUUGUACAUGCAAAGCCAAGCCAACAUCUAAGUCCUUACAAAGCUACUUACAAGCAGAGAGACAACGUGAGCUACACUUGAGAAAGUAAGCGAAGGUCUCAGAUUUAACAAGGGACCUUUGCGGUUUUUUUUAAAUAAUCACAUUUCUCAGUUCUCCAGGUUGAGAAUCAAUGCAUGAAGUUCUCCUGUCUUUUUAUUAUGUUGCUUACAGAAGCAGUGAGGGAAUUGUAAUUUCACUUUUACUCGGUUUUCUCGGUUCCUGUUGCUUUAUGCAAGUUUUCCAAAAGAUAUUCUGAUAAUUAAAACAGACCACAAGGCUUAGAAAAAGAUUCACAUAGAACAGAGAAGCUUUCAGAAACCAACUCAAAUACAUUGUUCCACUCUUUAUGAGGCUCUGACACAAACCUUCUGUACCAACUAUGUUUUGAAGCUAUAUUAUAUAUUAUAAGUUUACACUGAGAAGACCUUUCAAACCAAAAACUCCAUGAUUUGUUUGGCUUUUGCAAUAAACAGAAAUAUGUAGCGUA